AUGGUUGUUAUUAAUCAGCCAUCUAAUUUAAUUAAAUUAACUAAUGUAUCAGUUGUACGGCUGAAAAAAGGUGGAAAACGUUUUGAGGUAGCUUGUUAUAAAAAUAAGAUAUUGGAAUGGCGUAGUGGAGUUGAGACAGAUAUUGAUGAAGUUCUUCAGAUAAGCAAUGUUUUUACAAAUGUUUCUAAGGGAAAAGUUGCAUGUAUGGAGGACCUUAAACGGGUCUUCCAGACGAGUGAUAUGAAUGUGAUUUUACAAGAAAUUCUUAAAAAGGGAGAUAUUCAAGUUGGGGAAAAAGAACGGUCUCAUCAAAUUGAGAAUACAUAUAAAGAUAUUGUUCGGACAAUUGUAGACAUGUGUGUUAAUCCAACGACAAAAAAAGCGUAUACAGCGUCUAUGAUUGAAAAGGCACUUAAAGAUUUGGGGUUUAGUGUAAACUUAAAUAAAAAUGUCAAGUCCCAGGCAUUAGAUGUGAUUAAGCAUUUAAAAGAAAAGAAUAUAAUUCCUAUCGAACGUGCAAGAAUGCGUGUUCGUAUUGUAUCUCCAUUAAGUAUAAUCCAAAAAUUAAAAGAAAAAUUAGAACAGUUGUCUAUUAAUAUAACGGAUGAAGAAUGGAAUGACGAAUUUCAGGCGAUAGCAUAUAUUGAUCCUGGAGAUUACAAGCGUAUUAUAGAUUUUAUUCGUCAAGAAAGCAAAGAUAAAGGUUAUAUUGAAGUUUUAGACUUAAAAGAAAUAAUAGAAGAACAAAUGUUUUAA